AGUGGGAGGCCAGGGGGAGGAGCUGGGCCCGCGAAGGGGAGCGGGAGCCUAGGGGGAGGAGCCUGACAGCCCUAGGAGCGCGAGCCCAGAGGAGGGCUGUAAACCCAGGAGGAGCGUGACGCCUGGAGGGAGCAUGAGCCCAGGAGGAGGAACAUAUGCCCAGGAGGAGCGUGACAGCAGGAAGAGCAUGAAGCCCGGAGGAUGAGCCCGGAGGAAGAGCGUGACGUCAGGAGGAAGGCCGUGACGCCCAGACAGGGCCAUGACGCGAACCCCAGCCCGGCCCCGCCUCCGAGGUGCUGUCCUCUGGCGGCCUUGCUGCUGGGGAACCUACUGCUGCUGCACUGUGUCUCGAGGAGCCAUUCGCACAACGCCACUGCGGAGCCGGGCGCCGCGACCCCCGAGGGCUACCCCGGCGCCCCGAGCUGGGACUACGGAGACCCCCACUCGCCGGUCAUCCUGUGCUCCUACCUACCUGAUGAAUUUAUUGAAUGUGAAGACCCCGUAGAUCAUGUUGGAAAUGCAACCGCAUCCCAGGAACUUGGUUAUGGCUGCCUCAAGUUCGGUGGUCAGGCCUACAGUGAUGUAGAACACACUUCUGUUCAGUGCCAUGCUUUAGAUGGAAUUGAGUGUGCCAGUCCUAGAACCUUCCUCCGAGAGAAUAAACCCUGUAUAAAAUAUACUGGGCACUACUUCAUAACCACCUUGCUCUACUCUUUCUUCCUGGGAUGUUUCGGCGUGGAUCGUUUCUGUCUGGGACACACUGGCACAGCAGUAGGGAAACUGUUGACACUUGGAGGACUUGGCAUAUGGUGGUUUGUUGACCUAAUUUUGCUUAUUACUGGAGGGCUGAUGCCGAGUGAUGGCAGCAAUUGGUGUACUGUUUACUGAAAACUGAUAUUAUGACUCCCAGAGGCAAGUCUUCCGAAUUGAUCUCUGUAAAUGCGAAACUCUUCCUUGAUAUCAAGCCUAACCAUUGCUUUUCUGCUCUGGAGAGAACAGGUUUGUUAAGAAGGUUUCCUGGAACUUUGGAUGUUAAACUUUACCUGCAAACUAGAAGUGACAAGUGUUUGUAGGAAUCAAGUUGCAUUCUUUGCUCUUAUACGACGGAUAAAGGACAGUGACUGACUUAAUAAGCAGGAGAAUUUCCAUACUCUAUUUCUGUACAUUGCCAUGUCAUCAAUCCUUUGGAGCAAGUGGACCCCAGAAGAUGAGUGAAGUGAAUAUUUAUAGCCCGUGCCUUUUGCGGCCUCAGAUCUUCAUGCAGCUAAACCAAUGAAAAUCUUCAGCAGAAAUAGGCAUAUUCAUGGACUUUAAUAUAGGUGGAAAUUCUGACUUCCAGAAUGUAAAUUGAAGAAUAAAUUUUGCCAACCUGGA